AUGUUUUGUAGGCAUGGUGGGGCUGGAAACCUUCCGCAUCCAAGCCAGCUCCGUGCAGUUCAUCAACGUUUUCCAACUUUCCAGUAUGACUCUGCUUCGUUUCCUCACUCCUUUGCAGACUUCCCUCGACUUUCUACGGUUUAUUUUGAAGAGAAAGCGCUGCUCUACACCUCCGAAAUCCGCUUUCAAAGUCGCUCCUUCCACUCUGUUUCUCCGUCUAGAUCUUCCGCGCCUUUCCCAAAUCAAAUUCGAGCGGGAAAACCUCAGCUGCUGCGCCGCGCUGCGACUCGAGCAGCUGCCUCUGUUGCAGCGCUUUGAGUGCGGAAAGGACUGCUUCUCCUCCUGUAAAACGAUGCGUUUUCUCCAUCUCCCCACGCUGGAAGUCCUCGCUUUCGGCGAAAACGCCUGUGCGCAGCUCGUCGAGUUGGCGCUCUGCGAUUUGCCGUCGCUUCGCUGGUUCUCCGCGUCGCAGAACGCGCUGAAAUCGCUUCAGAAGAUCGAAGUGACCGAUGUGAACAGCGCGCUAUCGCCGAAAUGCGUGAAACUCGCGAGCCACUUCGCGAUUCCCGACACAGUCGGCGACCCUUCGCAUCCAAUCCUCCAUGCAUUUCUUUCUCAUCCUCCUCCUCCUCCCUCUUCAUCCUGUUA